UGCUUGCUUCCCUUCUAGGCUGAUUCUGACUCUGGAGGAAAAGAACCUGUGCCUCAGAACACUGGAAGAACAGAACAUGGCACUGAACAAUCAUGUCUCUCAGUGUCAUUCUGCUCUUCAGCAGGCCAACCAGCUCUCUACAAACCGCGCUGGACAACUGCAGGUGCUCAACACCCAGAUCCGGGCCCUGCAGGACGCAGUGCUGCAGAUGGAGGCUUCCCAGGCAACUCGAGAGAAGCAGCUGCUGAAGGAGCUGGAGGAGUCUCGAGCAGGAGAACGCUGCUUGAGGGACUCUGUGCAUGUGCUGGAGGCUGAGGUGUCUGAGCUGCGUGUGAAGCUGCAGAGCUCUGAUGACAAAGCUCUUGCCUUGGCCAUACAGUGUAAGGCUCUGGAGCUGGAGCUGAGGAAGACACAGACUGAGAGAGACAACCUCAGAGCCUGCAACAUGGAGCUGCAGAAGGUGUUGGAGAAAAGUGAGCAAGAUUUCUGGAAGGCAGAAGUCAAGCACAUUUCUCGAGAAACUGCCCUGCAGAAAGAGGCCACGGAAAGGCAGGAAGAGGCUGUGACUCUUCUUCAGGAGGUGGCAUCUCUGAUGCGGAAAUUAGAAAACCUGGAGAAGGAAAGGAAGGAUGUGCUGGUGAGAUUGGCAGAUGCUCCAAUGGCCAAUUUCCUGGCUAUGUUUGGACCUUGUGUUAAUAGUUCUAAGGGGCACUUCUUCCAGUUUAACUUUUCUAAUUGCAUUCUUCUGAAUAAGGAGGGAAAGACUUAGUCAUCAUGUCACAUGCAGUUAAUGCUGAG